ACACUGAAUCCACGGUAGAGGGCAAGUAGCUACUAACCACCACUCUAUGCAACACGACGGCAACAUCUCGCUUCCAGGACCUUAACCAUACUCUCUCAUUAACACAGGCAAAUACACGCAGACACACACUCAGGCCACAAGUUUAGACAGCUGCUACACACGGACACACUCAGAGAGACUCCAUACUCUCUCUAGUACAUUCAUGACAGUGGGUUCUCUUGCCCUGAGUGACCCCACACAUUUUACACAUUCAAUAAUACAUACACAGAGUGGGAAUUUGCAAAGCUCCAGACAGAGGAAACGCUGUGGAUUUGGACAUGGAUCUGCUUCUGUAUCCUGUCCCUCUGCUGAGUGUGUUUCUCCUCAUUCCAGCAGUUUUCAGAGGAAGCCAGACCUUACUAGAGCUGUUUGUUACAGUUUCAGCCCAAUCUGCCAUCAAUCUGACCAACCAGACAGAGGUUCCCAUGGUGACCUCACCCACAACACUGUCAUCCAACACUACGCAUGUGGCUGGCAGCGCAACAACCCCAACUACAGCCCAUCCAAUGACUGAUGUGACAUCAUCCCCAGCACCCUCACCGCCAGGGAACAACACUCUUGUGACAACCCUCAGUGCCCUGCAGUCAAGUCAAUCAACAGCCUCACCUGGAAAUGCCAGCAGUGACAAUGAGGCACCCACAUCCUCACCUCGACUAUCGUGUCCUAACGUCAGAAGCUCCGCUCAGGCUAAAAUACCUAGUACCCCCUCACAAGACACUGCUGCUGGACCAGUCUUAGGAUCAACGGCUACUGCAACAGCAACCACUUCAACCUCUGUGACUUCUCCUGAGGGACCCAAAGGGACACACACAGACAUCCCUCCCACUCAGUCACAGGGCAAGAGCCUCACCAUGCUUGCCUUUGGUGUCAUGAGUUUAAUCCUCAUUCUCAUCAUUAUCAUGGUGGUUUUAGUAACAGUGGUCAACCUAAAAGACAAGUGCAGCAACUCCAAGGAGGAAGGUAAAAAGAGCAGUGAUUCUGUGGUGUCUGAAAGCAAUGUCACGUUUAGUGGAGAAAAAGAGAGCAUCACUUUGAUCUCCAUGAAGACCAUUAACACAGAAACUGACACAGACUCCCCCCAGGUCUCCUCCAUUCACAGUACAACACUGGACUAUGAGGAGCAGGAGCAAAACAGGGACCUACUGAACAACAAGCUGGUGUGAAAAUAAAGACCCUAGAUGUUCCGUUCCAAAACACAGAAAUCACCAAACUACUCAAACAAAAUAGUAGAGUGGUUGUUCUAUACACCUGAGAUCAAGUUACCGGGAGUGCACACAGCACCUGAAUUCAUAGCUGUGGAGAUAUUAUACAUUAAGCUACAACUAGGCCUACCGUUGUGUCUGAUGUGUCUACAUGUUGCCAUUCUAAUACAAAUAUCCCAUGUAUUUGUGUGAUGAUAUCAAAAUUGCCUUUAUGGAGACAA